AUGCGCAAGGCAUCUUGCAUUCAAAAGGCCAACGAGUUGCCAGAACAGUUGAAGGCGGGCGGGGUCGCUGCCCUGAGACAGCAAGACUCAGAUGUGGAUGCCCUUGGAUUGGAAUUGCAGACCAGUGCAGAGGCACUAAAUCAACUCGGUGCCAAAUUGGCUGGGAUUGUUGGAUCCGAAAAGGGAACGCUGCCCCAGGGGUCAGUGCAAUUGGGAUUGGAUCUGGGCUCCAAUGAUGAGCCUCCAGUUCGAUGGCAAAAGGGGACCAAAAAGGUCAAGGGACAAAGAACCAAAAAUCCACCCAAGACGAGAUUGCCCUACCGACGAUUCUAUGCACAGGACAAUACUGAAAUAAGGGUUGGAAAACAAGCAGAAGACAAUGAUGAACUGUCCCUCCGACCAGAGCACCGAGAUGGGUCCAAUUGGUGGAUGCAUGCCACAGGUCACCCUGGGGCUCAUGUGGUGAUUCGGUGCAGUGAUGAGAGCUUGGAUGAAGAAGUGGUGCAAGAUGCUGCUGCUCUGGCUGCACGGCAAUCCAAAUGCACAAGGAAAACUAUCAAAGUUUCAAUGACUCGAUGUCGGGAUGUUGAAAAGCCAGUGGGGGCUAGGGCGGGGUUGGUCCUGUUAACAGGGCAAGUAUGGACCAUCAGGGUCAAAGUGAAAGACGCACGGAAGAGACUGCAGAGACUGGAUAGCACCGUUGUGAUGAAUUAUUCCAAUUAA